CUCAGGCUUGGGCUUCAGCGGCUGCUGUACAGACAGACACUCGACGCCUCUCGGGGAAGCUGCUCUCUAACCAAGCCUCCGGAGCCAAGCAAGUCAGAUCUCCAGGGAGCCUCCGGCCUUGAACAUUGACCAGGUUCCCAGGACUUUGAAUAGCAUCGAAGCGUGUGAGUUUUGUCGUAGGCAGAGUGUCUGAAGACCUCAUCCAGCUCUCCAAUGGCCAGCAACAACACCGCCAGCAUAGCACAAGCCAGGAAGCUGGUAGAGCAGCUGAAGAUGGAAGCCAACAUCGACAGGAUAAAGGUGUCGAAGGCAGCUGCAGACUUGAUGGCUUACUGUGAGGCCCAUGCCAAGGAAGACCCCCUGCUGACCCCAGUCCCGGCCUCAGAAAACCCCUUCCGGGAGAAGAAGUUCUUCUGUGCCAUCCUUUAAGUCUCUGGGAGGAGGCUGAAGAGCGUCGGGGCUCCUGGGACAUUGAUGUAGAGUUCCUAGCAAAGUGGGCGCCUUUCUCGUCCGCAGCAUUUAAAGAGAGGAAGGAGAACCAUCUUGGACACUCCGGGCUGUGCAUGUUUAAAGAACUGUCCCCUUAUGAGAAUGAAAGCUGAUUCCGUGUCCCAACUUUAGAGAUCUGACCUUGCAGACCGGCCUGGAGGAGGGGAAUGUAUAAAAAACGAGAUCGGUGUAACUUUCCUGCUUUCCCUCUAAGACCUUACAUUUCUGCUUCAUAUUUAUAAACAAAAUAAACAUUAAAGCCGGUGUCCUGAGCUGAGAUAUGGCUGACA